AAGGCGGAACGUUAUGUCUUUAUCAAUGUUUCACACCGGACUGUUUACUACGCUGCAGCCGAUGUGGUUCCGCUGUGCUCGGCGUUGCAGAGGGGAGGGAAGAAGGGAGGUUAGGUACAAAUUUACGUUGUACUGAAACGGAUUGUUUGCAAAGAAAAGGACAAUGACUGUUGAUGAUUUAACUGUCAGGAAUAUAUCUGUACUUGGUAACCAGGUAGGAAAUGAAUCGUGACAUUAGCCAGUUAGCUACAGGUUAUCGUUAUAUUAGGACAUAGAGUUGAUCGCAGUCGCGAGUUUUAUUACCGAAUUGCUGCACUUUGCAACUUUGAUAUCAAGUUGGCGGAACGCAUAUGAAGGGCUCGAAUUUGAGACGUUAUAUUUAAAUCACCCACAUACUCAGAUUUUUUUGGUUUGGAGUUAGGCAAGGUGAAAGGCUUCUGACAGCAACUGAAUUGUCAACACGAGUUGGCGGGGAUGGCGGCAGCGGGCCCGCCAGGCGCAGUGGAUCUCAUUGACAUCUACGGCGACGAGGAAUUCAAUCAAAGCAAUUCCGAGGAUGGGGCAUUUGUUGGGAGAACCGAACACACUGAUCUCUAUGACGAUGUGCUCACUGGAUCUGUGACCCAGCGCAGACUGUCGGGAAGUGAGUCCAGCCUUCCCAGCAAGGCUGAGGCCACAAAGUCGGAGAACAAGCCAGCAAUACUCUAUACGUACAGUGGGGGGAGAAGCAAGAGACUGGCAGUAUACGUGGGAAAUUUUUCCUGGUGGACCACGGACACUGAUCUGCUGAACCUGGCACGUGGUAUUGGGGUGAAGGACAUUGAGGAAAUCAAAUUUGCAGAGAACAGAGCUAACGGCCAGUCCAGGGGGUAUGCCGAGGUGGUGGUGUCCUCAGAGGCCUCCCUGCAGCGUCUCCUGGACACGCUGCCGCAGUGUCACAUCGACGGGGAGAAGGUGGACUGCCGCUUCGCCACACGCCAGAACUUCUCCCUCUUCGAGUCUUUGGCCAAGAAACGUGUUCCACAGCGUUCCAACUCCAGAGAGCCAUCAGAUUUCGGAGAUGGGCGCCCCCCCGGCUCCUCCCCUGAUCACCAGCAGCCCUCCCUCCCCCACCCGCAGCUGCCUCACCCUCCAGUCUGCAAGCCCCCCUCUUUGCCCCCACCCUUCUAUGCCCGCCCCCCGCCAUUUGGACCGGACCCCCCGCCGCUGCUGCCUCCCCUGCCCAGCCACCCCGCCCCAUCCCUGCACCUGAACCCCGCCUUCUUCCCCCCCUCGCAGGAGAGCUAUACCAACCCAGCUUACAGCCACAGCACCAGGGGGCGAGAUGCACCCACACCCCCUGUGCCGGAAGGGGAGUUUGAGGAGCUCAUGAACAGGAACAGAGCCAUUGCCAGCAGUGCCAUCACCAAGGCUGUGUCCGGAGCCACCGCAGGAGACUUCCCCCUGGCCAUUGAGACCCUCCUCACCGCCAUCGCUGUCAUCAAGCAGUCCCGGGUGUCUGGAGACGAAUGUUGCAGAGUGCUGGUCACCUCCCUGAAGGACUGCCUCUUCUCCAUCGAGAGCAAGUCCUACGGGUCCAGAAAGAGACACCGCUCCCGAGAUCGGGACCGCGACCGGGAGAGGGACCGCGACCGGGAGACCUCCCACAGCCACGUCUGGGAGGCCGCAGGAGUGUCGCGGAGACACCGUGAUCGAUCGGCCAGCCUGGAGAGAGAGCGGCUGCGCGAGAGGGAGCGGCACAGAGAGCACCGGGAUCACCACCGCUAGGACAUCUCAAGUCCUUCACCACUCCUUCCCAGAGCCAGACAAAGUCAGGAGGAGACUGGGGAGCUUAUUUCUCAAGCUUCUGAACUGCUGGAGAAUCUUUAAAUGUUGGAGGAAUGGAGGAAUGAACAAAGUGGGUGUGAGAGAGAGAGAGAGAGAGAGAGAGAGAGAGAGAGAGAGAGAGAGAGCAGCAGGAUGAUAAAGAGGUCCAAGUGUGCAGAUGUACUUAAAUCUAAGAUUCACCAGAUCUGUUCAUAGCUGCUGGAAAUUACUCUCCCUUUAGCUGAACCCAGUGUUCUCACCAGUGUUUCUGGUGUUCCUCAUAGAAAGCCUUUUAAUUAACAUUGUUUUGUAAUUUAAUUUGGACCACAGGAGUUUGUGUGCUGCGGUUAAGGACUAUGGCAUUUGCCACAGGCCAGCAGACAACCUUAGUUUUUGAUAUGUUAAACUAUGCUGUUUGUCUUUUUGUUUGUGUUUCUUUGUUUUUGUAAUAAAUGAAAACUCAAAAGAUGUCAAUUCAGCCACUGAAUACAGGGAUGUGUGAUUGACUUGUUGGGUUAGUGAGGAAACUGAGCCCUUCUAACAAGUACACCACCAAUACCUCACUGAGGGGCACACAGCCUGUUUAAAAUCCACAGACCACAAGCACUGCACAUAAUUGCUUCAACUGUAAGAUUUUGUUUUCCAGGUUACAUUAGUUUUGUUGUUGUUGAUCAGGUCAUUUGCAAGGGGCCAAGAGUAAAAUUUAAAAAGUCCUGUUGAAUGUUCCCUUAUGGCAGAAGUGGCAUGGAGUUUCUCAAACUUUGUAAAUAAAAUAAUCAUAUACAUAAAACAAAA